AUGGAGUCACCAAAGUUCUACGAAAGCAGCUCUCACCUCUCUCAGAUGAGCGACUCGAAGGAAACCAUCGGCCCCUCGAAUCCUGCACAAACGAUCACUGAUCGCCUGCAUCAUCAACUGACGAUCGGUUCGAGCCAUGGAAGUGCUAAGAAAGACAAUCGACCUUUAACCAUCGGGGCUGGGAAAGCGUUUCCACCGCCGCUGAUUGACCCAGAAAACUAUGUUGUUGACUUUGAUGGGCCCGACGAUCCGGAGCAUCCAUACAAUUGGAAUUAUGUUUUGAAGCUCCGUGUUUCAGCAAUCGCCUGCCUUGGUACAUUCACAGCUUCAUUCACUAGCGCGAUCUUUGCUCCAGGAGCUGGUAGUGCAAGCAAAGCGUUUGGGGUGGGCCCUGAGGUUGGCACCCUCGGCACGACCUUGUACAUUCUAGGAUUCGCAUCUGGUCCGUUGAUCUGGGCUCCUUUAUCCGAGUUAAUAGGGCGACGAUGGCCGUUGACUAUCGGCAUGCUGGGCGUUGCUAUCUUCACCAUUUCCGCUGCAGCUUGCAAGGAUAUCCAGACGUUGAUUAUCUGCCGCUUUUUUGCCGGGCUUUUCGGUGCCAGUCAACUCUCCGUGGUCCCGGCGGUGCUAUCGGAUGUCUAUAAUAAUGCUCAGCGCGGCACUGCUAUUACCCUCUACUCUCUCACCGUUUUCGUUGGCCCCUUUAGCGCACCGUUCAUUGGUGGCUUCGUCUCAUCAAGUUCUCUUGGCUGGAGAUGGACACUAUAUAUUUCAGCUUUUAUGGGCUUUGCGAGUCUUACUCUGUUUAUCUUCUUGCUGAAAGAAACAUAUGCGCCACUUUUGCUCGUUGAGAAGGCAGCAGCGAUUCGACGACAAACAUGCAACUGGGCUGUCCAUGCAAAGCUUGAAGAGGUUGAGGUUGAUUUUCAUGAACUGAUUCAGAAAUACUUCACGCGUCCGUUGAAGAUCCUUAUUACAGAACCGAUUGUGUUGUUAAUUUCCCUCUAUAUGUCGUUCAUCUACGGGCUGGUGUAUGCGCUUCUCGAAGCCUAUCCAUACGUCUUCGAGUCCGUCUAUGGAAUGAAUCCCGGGGUCGGUGGUCUUCCAUUUAUUGCCCUUAUCAUUGGCCAGCUCUUAGCAUGCGGAUUUAUCAUUACGCAGAAUUCGUCCCAAGCGAAGAAACUUGCUGCGAAUGGCAAUGUUCCAGUCCCUGAAUGGCGCCUGUCUCCAGCUAUUGUCGGUGCUCCCGUGUUCACUGUUGGCAUUUUCUGGUGA